AUGGACGUGCUGGAGACGGCGCAACAGUGUCUGGAGAAGUGGGAAAAUGGUGGCGACGUGGAAUGUCGCAACCUACUAUCCGCAUCUCACUCAAACCCCUACGACCCCGACUGCAAUGCAGUCCUCACGACGGUGUACCAAGCCCUUCUAUCCUCCACUCUGACUUCUUUCUCUGCCAAGAAGACCAUCUCUGUGGACUCCGUGAUUUCCUUCAUUCGUUCCGUUCUGGAACACCUCCCCUCCUCGUCUACCGGUAAGGACAAGAACCCCAGCAUUGCUGCCAUUGGAGAUGUCCUGGUGGAUAUCAUAUGGUCCAUUGACGGGGAGCUGGAGGAGAUCCUAUUGGACGCGAAGAACAUGGCUACCGCUGCGGACCAGGACACGCUCUCUCCCACCACUGUCGCUCAAGCCGUCACUUCCAAGGAAAAUGCAGAGUCUGACAAGGCAACGUUGGUAUCACUACUCCGAAGGUUUCUGGUCAUUGGUGUUGUCGACCCCAAUAUUUGCCGCGAGCGGCUAGACAUCAAUUUGGUUGCCACCGCAGGGCUGAUACUCGACAAACUCUCUUUUGAGCGCAAAGAGAUUCGGAUGCGCACGGCUCUUUUCUACAAACAGAACAAGUUCAACCUGCUCCGUGAGCAAUCCGAGGGCUACAGCAAGCUAACUGCCGAGCUCACGGGUAGCUUGGGCCCCGCGCAUAAUCCUUCUACUGGGUAUCCUGUGGAGACCGCUGCUGGGAUCGAAGGCCGUGCUCGUCCAGCAUGGGAGCGGGCUCUGAGCCUCAUUGGGUACUUCGAUCUUGACCCUAAUCGCGCGCUCGACAUCAUCCUCGACGUGUUUUCUGUCCAUCUUGCAACGCACCACUCAUUCUUCUUGGCCCUGUUAUCCUUCUCCCCCUGGGGAGGCCAAACGCGGCAAGGCGUCAAGCAAGAGGAAAUGGCUGUCGAGCCAGAUGUUACACAGUACAGGGGAAAGACGCUUGACGAGAUUAUCUCGAUUGCCGAGCAACAAGCCGCCGCUCCUAUCAUCGCCACGAACAGCAGCAAUGCUCGCGUGCUAGCGCAGGUAUUGGGAUUCAAGUUCACCUACUAUCAGUCCCCGGAUGUCUUGGAAACAACUCCUCGCAACUUGUACCUAAUGGCGGCCGUACUAAUCCGCGAAGGGUUCUUGACGCUGGAAGACCUAUACCUUCAUAUUGGUCCCCUGGACGAGAAUAUGGUUGAACUGCACAAGGCGUACUUGGCCAAUGUCGAUGCUCGAAUCGCAGGCGCUAAAAUCAGUCAGCUUGCAAUGGCUGCGCCAUUGGAGUCUGGUGGGUCAUCCAGCGGAAAGCCAAAGCCCGCACCCGAGCCGAAGAAGGAGGAGAAGGUGGAGGAGACUCCCAACCAGAAGCUCGGACUUGUUCACGCACUACUCUCCGUUGGCGUUCUACGGCCGGCCAUCUCCAUACUGUCCAAGUUCCCUUGGAUGGUAGACGCGUACCCUGAGCUCGCGGACUUGAUGCUGCGAGUUGUGCACCACUCUUUUGGUCCGCUGUACGAAACGGCUGUCGAGCUAGUGUCUCCGAGUGCCGCCAAUAAGACGAAGCUUGCUUCGUUUGCGACGCCUCGUGCACGGUAUGGCUCGGCGGGAGUUGUCCCCGUUCCUGAGCGAAAGCCUCAGCUUUCCCUCGUGGCCCCGACACCUCCCGUCACUAGUACCACUGAGUUUGUGUUCUUCUACCCGGACUGGACCUCGCGCGUUCCCAUGUGCUCGUCUUACGACGAUCUUAUGGACGUUGUUGAGCCGCUGAUGCGAUUCAUCGGACUGCACAUCUCCCGAGACCCUACCUUCCUCACCAAGUUCGCACGGAUCGGACGUCAACACAUCUCUACAGUCUGCGAAGUCGAUCCCGCUACAAAGAAGCAGAUCGGCCUCCCAAACCCGGAACAUCCUGUCAUGCGGUUCUGGCUCAAAGUCAUCCGACUCUACUUCUUGCCCUCACUCCCGCUCAUCCGUGGCAAUGCAGUGUGCACUGUCGACGUGUGGAGUAUUGUCAGGCAGUAUGAGACGACAACUCGAUGGCAGCUAUAUGGGGAGUGGAAGUCCAGCGUCUACAAGUCGCACCCGGAGCUUCGAAUUCGUCAGGUCCAAGCGGAUCGUGAAGCGAAGGGGAUCAUGCGCCGACUUUCUCACAACACGGUUGGGACUCUUGCAGGCGCCGUCGCCAAACUCGCGAACUCCAACCCCUGCAUCUUCUUCACGAAUGCUGUCAACCAAGUCAUGGCUUACGACAAUUUGGCCGGUGUUGUGCUCCUGUCUCUGAACUUCGUCACCAUCAUGGGCUUUGAUGUCUUGGUCUAUGUCAUCCUCGACGCGCUUUCCAAUCCCCACAAGGAACGUGUCAAGGACGACGGCGUUAACACGUCGGAUUGGCUAUUGAGUCUUGCAUCCUUCACUGGCAUGCUCUAUCGUCGGUACAGCGCGGACCUGACGCCCAUCCUGAGCUACAUCGUCCACCAGCUCAACAACAGGCAAACCACGGAGAUCAUCGUCUUUAGGGAGCUCAUCUGGAAGAUGGCGAGCAUUGAACCACUCCCCAGCCUCUCCGACUCCCAGGUCGCAGCUAUGGCCGGUGGUCCUACGUUGCGCAUCGAGGCUGUCGCGUCCGCGGCCCGUGGUGCCCGCCAGGACAUCAAUGACACUGUCGGGAAGGCACACGCUCGUUUUGGCUUCUCCCUGAUCAACUCAAAGCUUGCACUACCGCUCCUCAUUCAAGUCGCCCAGCAGCGGCAGUCAUGUGUCUUUCAAGCGCCGGAUGCACACCUCAAGUCUCUUGCCAGCCUAUUCGACAUGACACAUGGGGUUCUCUUGCAAUACUUGGAACUUCUCACCACCCCUACCGUGAUCCCUGCCGAAGACUACGCCAACAAGAUAGUCCCUCCGCUGGCCGAGCUCCAUGAGAAGUACGGGAUCUGUGCAGCGAUCUGCAUGCAAAUUUACCGCCCCAUUCUCAACAACACGCUGCUUGCCGCUGCCCUGCAGUUCGAAGAACAGGAGCGCAUCGCGAGCGAGGAGGCGGAGAAGCGUCUCAAGGCUGCGCUCACUGCGAAACAGGGCGCUGCCAAUGCAGACACUGCCAACGAGGGGAAGGCUUCUUCCGAGUCCAAGCCUCCUGCCGAAGCGAAGCCCACAGUGUCCGAAUCUCCGUCUGGCGAUGUUGUCAUGGAGGUGGCCGAUCCUAAGCCUCCUUCCGCUCCUGAGAGUCCAUGGCUACCAGAGCUGAUUCCUCUUCUUGACGACGUUAAGAAGCUCAUCCCGCCGACCGUUUGCGACGUUAUUGGUGCACCGUUUUACUUGACCUUCUGGCAGCUGUCUACCUACGAUCUCACCCCGCCCACCACGAGGUACGACGAGGAAUACGGCUCGCUCAAGGCACUGCUUCAUCAAGAAGAUUCUCUGGCCAAUUCGGCUGCGCGUUCCCCAGACAGAGCAAAACGCAUGACCGCUGGCCUGCACAGGGAGAAGCACAGGCGCAUCGAUAUCAUCAUGAGCACCCUCCGUCGAGAGCUCAAGCAGCAGACCGCCUCGAGAAAGUUCACUCUCAAACGACUGGCGCGAGAGAAACAGCACUGGUUUGCUCACAAUCCCCCCCGGCCAACACUCGCGUCGUACAUGAUCGAACACUGUAUCCUUCCUAGAUGCUUGCUCUCCCCCAUGGACGCGGACUUCUGUGCCCAAUUCAUCAAAGUGAUGCAUCUCCAAGGCACCCCGGGAUUCUCCACCGUCAUGUGCUACGAUAAAAUCUUGAGUGACAACGUGAAGGUUGUUCUCUUCUCCUGUAGCGAAUAUGAAGCCCGCAAUUAUGGACGCUUCCUGCUUGGUAUCUUGGGUGACCUCUACAAGUGGUUCCAGAACAAGGAACUUUUCCGUCAAGAGAACCAUUUCAAGACUGGUGGCAAUACAACCCCCUUGCCGGGCUUCCAAAAUCGCAACACGUUGAUGGGGUGGAACGACUUCCAGCAGAUCCUACGGAAAUGGCACAAACGAGUCGCCAAGUGUUUGGAGGACUCAAUCAAGUCCGGCGAAUUCAUGCAUGUGUACAACACGAUCAUCCUCUUGAAAGAGAUACUCCCUGUGUUCCCUGUGGCCGCAAUCCACGAUAUCAGCGGACUUUGGGUCAGUUCUGCGAUCGAGAAGCUGCUGGAGAACGAGACUCGUGGUGACCUGAAGAUUCUCGCUCGCGCGUACCACGCAAGCUUGAAGAAGCGUGAGUCAAUAUGGGCACCUCCUGUACGUCCCAAGCCCAAGCCCCCAGCUCCUGCAGUCCAGCCGGACCGGUCUCGGGUGGGUACCCCUACGGCUUCUGGUGCUGCCGUUCCGCCUGCCGCGGACACCCGGCGGCCUGCUCCUCCCUCGGUGGCCCCGUCGGCGCCCAAGUCUCACGCGAACAGCGCGUCCACAACCUCACCUGCUCCCAUAGAGCGCAAUGGAACACCAAACAACACCAAGUCGGCCAUGGAGAGUGUACCACGGCCUGAGGUCGUCAAGAGGGUGCGUCCUGAAGCACGACCGACGGAGAACGGCAAGCCCGCAGUCGAGGUCAAGAACGAUGUGAUGGACAUUGACCAGCCUUCAACUCGCGACAUGCCGUCCAAGGUGGCAUCUCCCAUCCCUACAUCCCUCAGCCAAGAGUUGCGCAGCUCCCGACCGCCUACCCCCAAUCAAGCAUCGGCGGCGCGCUCGAACCCGUCCAAGCCGAUGCCAGGCUCUCCCCGAGUACCGCACGGCAUCCCCCCUCGCCCAGAUCUGCAGCAGCACAUGCCGCCCCCUUCCGAGCCGAGCCAAACCGCCUCUGCGCAGGAGCUCCGUGAGACUGCCAAGCACUCGAGGACCACCAACGGCGACAAGAGCGACGUCCACCCUCCCACGGAACCGCGCUCCCAAGCAGCCGCUGCGCCCUCGCCCGCCCGCCGCCGCUCCCCGUCGCCGCCGAGCCGUCCGGGAACACGCAACCCGAGCACGGAGUCGCGUGCGAGCGGAGACCGCCGGCUCACACGGGACAAGCCCGACGAGAAGCGGCCCGAGCGCGACCCGGCGCGGCGCGGCGACCGCCGUGCGGCGCGCGAAGAACGGGACAAGGACGGCGACCGCGAUCGGGAUGCGCGGCGCGACCGCCACGGGGACCGCGAGCGGCGCGACCGCGACAGGGACCGCGAACGCGAGCGCGAGCGGGACAAGGAGCGCGAGCGCGAGCGGGGGGACCGGCACGGGCACCGAGAGCGCGACGGGGAGCGGAGCGACAGGGAGCGGGACCGGCACCGGCGCGAGGACAGGUCGGACAAGGAGCGCGAACGGGAGAGCCGCAAGGAGCGCGAGGCGGCGGGUCGGGGCUCCAGGCCAGACACGGGCCGGCACCGCGCCGACGACACGCUCGGGAAACGGAGGAGGGGGGGAGACGACGAGCCGGACCGGCCUUCAAAGCGGUCGUCGCGGAAGGAGAGCCACCACGAAGACCGGAGCCGCCGCUCGUCGGAGAAGGACGGCCACGACCGCAGCGGGCGCGACGGCGACCGCCGGCGGAAGGACCGGGACGGCGACGGCGACGGCAAGGGCCUCUCGAUCGACACCAAGCUCGGCGAGAAGCGCAUCCCCGACGGGCCUGCGUCCGCGAAGACCCUCCCGCCCUCGACGCCCUCCGCGCCGCGCGCGAUGGCCGGGGACGCGCGCAAGCCCCCGACGGGCGCGACCGCGACCGCGACCGGGAGCGCGACGGCUGGAAGCGCGGGGAGCCCCCGCACGUCGUCUCUGGACGGCCCGGAUGGCGGCGGCGGCGGCGGCGGGAGGAAGGCGGACGACGAGCGCGGGUCGGACGGCGGGCGGAAGCGCACGCUCGCGGACCGCGACGGGGACGGGGGCGGGGGCGGGGGCGCAGGGGAGCCCGCGGCGCAGGCCCCGAAGCGGCCGAAGAUCAUCCGGGACCGGUAUCUGGCGAAGGCGUUGCCGUCGAUGGACGGGGAGAAGGCGAGGGCGCGGAGGGACUGA